GUAGAUACCAUGAUCUUCGCUACAAAAGUCGUGUGAAAGCAAAGCCGGAUGAAUUAGCGCUGAAGAGGAGUUAUUCUAUCGUGGUCGUUUUCGAUUUUAUUGUAAUUCGUCGGCUACAUUUUGAUUUUCAUCACGCAGCAGGGCAAAUCCAUCAUCGUCUCGUGAACGUGCAAAGUCUAAUUCGUUGAAAAAGCUACAUAUUUACUCGUCGCGACGGCGUACUAUCGUCCUAGGUCGACAAGGAAAAGCAGUUCGUACGAAGAUCCUUAGCUCGUUCCGUACGCAGUUGUAGGUCGUCGUCGUGCUGUCACAGAUAUCAAAGCCAAGCGUAGGAAGUAGAUAAAGUAUCCUUCUGUAGGAGGCUAGGUACCAAUUUUGAUGUAAGAAGAAGCACAACUACUUUUGUGAUCCCAAAAACAACCUUACAAGCAGGAUUUUUUUUCGUUCUUGUUCCCAGGAGCAGCAAUCAGGAAAAGCCAAAGAUAGCACACUCGUCCGGUGGAGACGCAGCGCAACCUUCGAAACGCUAUUCCUUGAAACCCGAGGUAUUAAGUUUUUUUGUUGAUUUCGCAGGCACUCUGCUCGUACGUCGCGCUUUCAGAUCUAGUUGCUAGUGGUUCACUCAGGGGCACUCAUUUAUACUUGAUACGAAACAAUGGACCAACAUGAUGUAAUAAGCACGAGGAAAGCCACUUGAUUCCAUCGUCUAUAUUCUCAUUGCGUUUGUGUUGUUCGAGAUAGACAGAUAUGAGGAAAAAUAUAGAUCAAAGCGCAAACAAAAGCGACAACUUGAAUUUCCAGGUACUCACCGUCUUGAGUUUUGACGCAAGAAGCACGUUUGGCGUGUAUUUCGAUUUCCCGAUUUCCCGCAGCGUCAGGAGAACAGUCAGACAGCCGGUAUGUUUCUUUUUCUUUACUAGCGAUGGGCUUUUCUUCCUCCUCAGCGAGGACAUGAAUUGGCACUAGCGAUGAAGAUAACAUGCAUCUUCAUCACCAGCAUCAUCAUGAUGAAGUAUGCAGUUCCUUCGGCAUUAGAGCCGGUCAGUUUGUAUGUCGCAAGAUGAAUUUGUUUAAGAUCAAAGUGCUGUAGCUGCACGCUGCCGAAUCGAAGUCAUCUUUUGUGCCUUAGGCGCGUGACGAAUCUCUUUCUUUUUUUAAAACAGGUAUACCUGCUCGGACUGUGUUGCAAGACUCUUUGUGCUGUCCAGGAUGACCAAAACUGCGCAGAAGCUGUUCAUUUCCUCCGCCGCCCUGGUGGCCGCGGAGAAGAAAAUGGAAGAAAACCGUGCGAAGAAAAUGGUUUGGGCCGGUCACGAAGUCAAGGGGCAGCUGGAGCAGGCCGACACGCCGCCGAUCAGCCCGUCGAACUGGAAGCCGGUAUAGAGUUGUGUUUGCUCCCAAUGAAUGUAAAUGGUCCUCAUGCGUGAUCUUUGUCUUUGUGUCGGUCGAGUGAAGAUGCGGGCUGGUCGGCUACGUCUGCUUCUUGAAAGCAUUUUCCAACAUGUAUCAAUCAUACCAUAUCAACAGCGCCAGCAAUCCAGCAAUCCAGCAAUCCAGCAAGCGUUUCUGGAUGUCGACAAGAAGCAGCAGGAGGCGAGUAAAAUCUUGACCGGCGAAGCAGUGGACACGGUGAAGUCCAAGGCACACCAGAAGAAGGCGCUGGCGGGGGAGGCGACGAAGGCCAAGGCGCGCACGAAGAGCGAGUAUGUUAACGGCAGUGCCGGCCAGGCCAGUGUGGACUGGAACGCUCAUGACCCGAACGAGUGGAAGCACCAAGAAGGCGUGGGAACGAAGAUCUCGAAUGCGUGGAACGAAACCGUGGCAGCGCCGGUCUCGAAUUGGGGGAAGCAAGUGACUGCUGGAAAAGCGGGGGAAGGCGGGUACCAGAACCCCGUUCUGGACGGCUUCAGCGCCAUGGUCUCUGGUUAA